AUGGACGGUCACGGUGGCGGGUACCAUGACUAUUUUUCUCAGGGGAGUUCGCCGUCCUUUCAACCACCGCGAGGGCCUACUCCCCCCGACGAAGAGGACGUCGGAAUCUUCUCCCAACAACCAUGGCACGCAAGGUCGUUCUUGGAGCAGCUCGAUCUGAAUUCACGGGCCGGAGGUAGCUAUUCCAACGACGGAUACGGCGACCGGCAUGGAUUCCAGCCGACUCCAGCGGGGUACGGCGAGCCGCCCGUUUUUCGUGGUUCCCCCCCUCCCGCGCCACGCGGCAGAUCUUGUCCUGGGAGGUUCCAAGCACCUCGAGCAUUACACGUUGGCGGCAGAUCCGGUGCUGGAGGAUCCCCGCUCUCACGCGGUCGUGGCCGCCGUGCUAGGAGGCCAACUACUGGCGUGGUCCAAGGAGAACCAAGUCGUCUGAAUGUAGGCUCCGGUCCAGACUAUGCUGCAGAUGAAAUGCCAGUGAAAGGAUAUGAUAAAGCCAACUGGACCGAAGAAAACACACACAUAUUGUGUGAUAUUGCUAUUGAACAGAUUAGGGAUGGUAACUGUCCUAAUGGCCACAUGAAGAAUUCUGCUUAUCAAACAAUGGCAGACAAAUAUUAUGAACGUACACAUCUGUUGCAUGAACCAAAGCAAAUUAAGAAUAGAUACAAUCAGUGUAAAACAAUGUAUCAGUUCAUCAAUUGGGCCAAUGGUGAGUCCGGAUUAGGCCGUGGGGAGGGUGGAAGCAUUAUUGCAGAUGAUAAAUGGUGGGACAAGUAUGCCCAGAAAAAGUACUACGAAUGCAAGAAAUUCAAAUAUGGCUUGCCAUCUUACAUGGACCAGUUGGUUGAGAUGUUCCAUGGUACAACAGUUGAUGGAAGGACCUCAUAUGUGCCUGGCCAAAGUGACCAAACAGUUAAUGACACUACCGUAGACGAACAUGAAGAUGACAUAGAUGUCCUGACUCCAAAGAAUAGCACAAGUGGAACGAAAAGGCCUUCGAGCAAUACAGACACUGCUUCUAGUCCGCCAAAGAAGAAUAAGAACGCAAUGGUUAGGUGCAUGAAGGGUUUGCUUGAUCGAUUAGAUUCUGGCACUAGCAAAGACGUAGAUACAGCUACGCAGAUUCAAGAAAUAAUUGAGAACAAAAGAAAGGAGCAGCAAGCUGCAGAUUUCAAGGAGAUAGACCUGUGUUUGGCACUGGCAAAGGAAUGUGGGGCUACUGAGGAGACAGACGAGUUCUUCGUAGCUUCCCAACUGUUUGCAAGCUGCAAAUUUCAAAGACAUGUUUUCCUAGGACUGUCUUCAAAUGCAGGAAGAAUGGCUUGGUUGAAGAAGCACUGCAAGGGCUGGACUUUUUAAGGACUUUAGUUUAUGUCAUAGGAC